GUCAGACGCGGAAUUUUGAUGACUCAGAUACAACACAACUGCUUGAUCAUUUCGGUAUACGUAGCUUUCACCGCGAGAACCUCCUCCCAACGUGUCAGUUAUAAGAAAUAAUGGACGAUACAAUCGUUCAAAUGUCAGAUCCUGCCGGUGGUUCAGAUAUAUUGGACAUCCUAUUCGAUAAGGACUUUGGUAUUCUAAAAGACGUUUCUAGCAAAACGGAUGAUGUUUUGAAAGAUUUUGAAGAAUCCGAUUUUGCGUUUUUCACCAAUUUUGAAGAUACAGUUACUGAAGAAAAUAGUGCUACAGUGAUAGAAAAUGAUCACCCAUACUGUUCAGUUAGAGUACAACACAAACGAAACAACAGUGAUAGCGGUGUAUCGUCCCCAUACACAUCAGACGCAAGUCCAGAAAGAUAUAACAUAGAUGAUAUAUUUCCAGACAAUACAAUCAAUGCUGACGCUUUUGUAGGCACUACAGAUCAGAAAACAAAUGAUUUAUAUUCCUAUGUUGAUCUCUCUGCUAUAGAUAAUAAUGAAUCUAAUAUCCCAUACACUGUCCAGGACGUUCAGCUCAGUCCUAUUACUGAUGAAGAGGGAGAAGAGAAACAAAAUGGAGAUCAUCUUUCGCUAACUGAAGAAGAACAAGUCUUGUUAGCCCGUGAAGGUAUUCAGUUGCCUACUCACCUGCCUUUAACUAAGGAAGAGGAAAGGCAACUAAAAGGAAUCCGUCGCAAAAUUCGUAAUAAAAUCUCAGCCAAAGAAUCAAGAAAACGUAAACAAGAAUAUGUUGACGGCUUAGAAAAGAGAGUCAAAAUAUGCACAGCUCAAAAUUCACAACUUCAAAAGAAAGUGACCUCCCUACAAAGGGAGAAUUCCUCGUUAACAGAUCAAUUGAAACGUUUACAAUCGAUGUUAACUUCAUCCGCUUCACGUCCGGCUCAAACUAACACUUGUUUGGCAGUUUUACUUUUAUCAUUUGCUCUUAUUCUUAUGCCGUCAUAUCCAUUUGGUGGUAAUCAAAGUGGAAACAGUUUAUCAGAAGAAACAAAGAAUAUGCUGAAAGAUGUACAGAAAAAUUUUGCAAGAGUUGAUAAUUCUGGUAUUUAUGGCGGAUCCGGAAGACAAUUACUGCAUACGGAUGAUGAUGUUAAAUCCGUCCCAGCAAAGGCUAAUACAUUGGCCAAUGAUGAUUUCUCUAAUGAGAAUUCAACCACUGAUAACGUUAAAAUCGAAGAAAAUCCUCUAACAACCGAGAGUGAAAAAGAAUCAAUACCUUCGAAUAUGCCAGUUAUCGGUAAUAAGAAUAUGCCUGAAGAGAAAUUCUCUGGAAUAAAAAUGAAAAUAGAAAAUAUGGACGUAACAGAGAAUACCGUAUUAGAAAUUCAUCGAAUAAAUAGAGGGGCAAAAGUUCUCGUCGAUGAAAUGUGA